CGCCCCGCCACCCGCGCGCACUCGCUCACGCUCCCCCUCGCGCACACACAUGGUCGGCUCGCGGCAAAGUUUCGCUUGCGAUCGCCACUCCGGAAUCCUGCCGCAGUGCUCGGGGCUGUAACCUUGAACUUUCCCAGCGCGGUGACACAUUCUCCUCGCUCUCCCUCCCGCGCUCUCUCCCGCGCCCCCCCCUCCCCGCCUUUUUUAAAAAAGCAUUUCACCACCAACUACCACCCCAAUCCAACCCACGCCGAACCUUCGCGCACCCCCUAGCCCCCAACAACAACAACAACUGCAAAACAGAAAAUAAAUCCCAAACCCAGGCGAAAAGCAGCCAACACCGGCGGCGGCGGCGGCGGCCUCGGCGAGCAGGGCCAGCGCGCUCGGACUGCAAGAGGGUUAAAAGUGUAGAUUGGAUUUCACCCCGGGAAAUCUAGCACGCCGAGUGAACUUGAAUCUUUGGCUAUUUAAGGAGGACUGGGUUUGUUGUGAAGUUGCGGUGAUCCAGCGCAGAGCCCCGUCCUGAUUGAACGCAUCGCGGGGCUCAGAUGACUGUAAAAUGAAUAGAUGAAAUUCUUGCUUCUCGAAGAUUUUCUUGCGCAUCUCCGGGAAAGUGCGUUUUAAGGCGAAGUCAUGAUGUAUUCUCCCAUCUGUCUCACUCAGGAUGAAUUUCACCCAUUCAUCGAGGCACUCCUUCCACAUGUCCGUGCAAUCGCCUACACUUGGUUCAACCUGCAGGCUCGGAAACGCAAGUACUUUAAAAAGCACGAGAAGCGAAUGUCAAAGGAUGAAGAAAGAGCAGUCAAAGAUGAGCUUCUCAGCGAAAAGCCUGAAAUCAAACAGAAGUGGGCAUCCAGGCUCCUGGCCAAACUGCGCAAAGACAUCCGCCAGGAGUAUCGAGAGGACUUUGUGCUCACCGUGACUGGCAAGAAGCACCCAUGCUGUGUCUUAUCCAAUCCCGACCAGAAGGGUAAGAUUAGGAGAAUCGACUGCCUGCGACAGGCAGACAAAGUCUGGCGUCUGGAUCUAGUCAUGGUGAUCCUGUUCAAAGGCAUCCCCUUGGAAAGUACCGAUGGAGAGCGGCUCAUGAAAUCCCCACAUUGCACAAACCCAGCACUUUGUGUCCAGCCACAUCAUAUCACAGUAUCAGUUAAGGAGCUUGAUUUGUUUUUGGCAUACUACGUGCAGGAGCAAGAUUCUGGACAAUCAGGAAGUCCAAGCCACAAUGAUCCUGCCAAGAAUCCUCCAGGUUACCUGGAGGAUAGUUUUGUAAAAUCUGGAGUCUUCAAUGUGUCCGAACUUGUGAGGGUAUCCAGAACGCCCAUAACCCAGGGAACUGGAGUCAACUUCCCAAUUGGAGAAAUCCCGAGCCAACCAUACUAUCAUGACAUGAACUCGGGGGUCAAUCUUCAGAGGUCACUGUCUUCUCCACCAAGCAGCAAAAGACCCAAAACUAUAUCCAUAGAUGAAAAUAUGGAACCAAGUCCUACAGGAGACUUCUAUCCGUCUCCGAAUUCACCAGCUGCUGGAAGCCGAACAUGGCAUGAAAGAGAUCAAGAUAUGUCUUCUCCGACUACUAUGAAGAAGCCCGAAAAGCCACUGUUCAGCUCUACAUCUCCGCAAGAUUCUUCCCCAAGAUUGAGCACUUUCCCCCAGCACCAUCAUCCCGGAAUACCUGGAGUUGCACACAGUGUCAUCUCGACUCGAACUCCGCCUCCACCCUCACCGCUGCCAUUUCCAACACAAGCUAUUCUUCCUCCAGCCCCAUCGAGCUACUUUUCUCAUCCAACAAUCAGAUAUCCUCCCCACCUGAAUCCUCAGGAUACUCUGAAGAACUAUGUACCUUCUUAUGACCCAUCCAGUCCGCAAACCAGCCAGUCCUGGUACCUGGGCUAGCUUGGUUCCUUUCCAAGUAUCAAAUAGGACACCCAUCCUACCGGCAAAUGUCCAAAAUUACGGUUUGAACAUAAUCGGAGAACCUUUCCUUCAAGCAGAAACGAGCAACUGAAGGAAAAUGAAAUACAACAGUAGUUUAAGAAAUUUAAAAAAAAAAAAAAAAGGAAAAGAGGAAGACUGGACAAAACAAAACAAAACAAAAGGGAGAAAGGAAAGCAACUGAAGAAAGAAGAUAUAUAGACCAGCAAUUGCAGCACUUACAAUCACUAAUUCCCUUAAGGUUGAAACUGUAAUGACAUAAAAAAGGGUCGAUAAUAUUUCGCUGAUGGUAGAUCGCAGCCCCUGCAACGUACGUAGCCUUUGUUACAUGAAGUCCGCUGGGAAAUAGAUGUUCUGUCUCUAUGACAAUAUAUUUUAACUGACUUUCUAGAUGCCUUAAUAUUUGCAUGAUAAGCUAGUUUUAUUGGUUUAGUAUUCUUGUUGUUUACGCAUGGAAUCACUAUUCCUGGUUAUCUCACCAACGAAGGCUAGGAGGCGGCAUCAGACGUGCUGGGUGACCGAGCCAUGAGCCAGCCAUUUUCUAAGCACUCUGAUUUCUAAAAGUUAAAAAAAUAUAUAUAUAAAAUCUCUGUAGCCUUUAGUUAUCAGUACAGAUUUAUUAAAUUUUGGCCCUUAACCCAGCCUUUUCCAGUGUGUAACCCAGUUUGAAACCUUAAAAAAAAAAAAAAGAAAAAAGAAAAGAAAAAAAAAGAAAAAAAAGAAAAAAGGAAAAAAAAAACAGUUUGAACACAAAGGCUCUAUGGAAGAAAUGCCUCUAUGUAGGUGAAGUGUUAUCUCUGCAUGCAACAGUAAAAAUUAAUAUAAUAUUUUCCCCACAAAAGAAACACUUAACAGAGGCAAGUGCAAUUUAUAAAUUUAUAUCUAAAGGGGAAUCAUGAUUAUAAGUCCUUCAGCCCUUGGACUCUAAAUUGAGGGGAUUAAAAAGAAUUUAAAAUAAUUUUGAACGAAUUUAUUUUCCCCUCAGUUUUUGAGGGCAUUAAAAAGGCAUUAAAUCAAGACAAAUCAUGUGCUUGAGAAAAAAAAAUUAAUGAAAACACAGCACUUAUGUUGGUUUAGCUGCAGCCUCCUUGGAGGUAGGAUUUAUUUAUUUAAAAUUACUGGUUGCAUCAAGAACCCAUAGGGUGUACGUACAAAAGGUUCUAUAAAAUCUGCAUUACAGAGACAAAGAGGCAGGCAAAUCCAUGUCACAAGGGUAAAGCUUACAGUUUACAAACUGGGAACGCCAGGGUGUAGGAUAUAAAAACGCACUCUUGAGAAAACAGAUGUAAUGAGGGUGCUGAAAACUUGCAUGGUGCUUUCAGACAUUAGCCUUGUUCAACAAAUUUCUUGUAUUGACAGAUCUGUAGUGUGCAUGGGCAGACACAUUUUGCCUCUAUGUCUCUUAAAAUUUUAAUUAAAAAUACUCUUUCCAGUAAUCCUAAUUUGCACGAAGAUAUAAUGUCCACAUUACGUGCCUUGCCUUGAAAUCUAAAAACAAAAAAAAAACAAAAAAAAAAAACAAAAAAGUGACAUCACUACACUUGUUUUGCUGCAUUUAUUAUCAUUUUAAAUCUUUACCAUUUUUAUGACAAAAUAUUUUGUACUCCAGACGAAGAAAAAUGUGUGACAUCAUGGAUUUUUUAGACAGUUAUACCUUUAUCUCACAUUUAUAAAGCAUAUCAUGGCUGUGUAUAGUUGCCGCUUAAAAAUUGUAAUCGACCAGCAAUAUUUUCAGUAUUUUGGUGUUUUUUCUAUUAACCUUUCAUGUUUUUCAUCUUCCAAUUAAUAUUUGGGGGGGAGGGGUUUCAAAUUUAUACGAAUUAUGCAAUACCAAGUUUUGCCUAUAUGUAGGUAGUGCUUUUAGCUGUAUUGGUUAUUAUAGGUAAGUACACAGAUUUAAACAAAAAAUAAUGUAUGCUUUUUUUUGUUUGUUUGUUUUAAUUGACCAAAGUGGGUACUGCUAUUUUUGCAGUGUGAUGAGGUCCUUUGUGUACUGAGAGAUGGACAGGGGAUUUUUUUUAAUAUACAUAUAUAUAUAUUCUGGGGUGGGUGGGAGGAUUUUUAACACUUUACAGUGUAGCUGUGAAGCAGGGCACCCUGAGACGGGCCUGGGCUGCAAAUCGACUGUUCUGUCUACUGUGACAAACUUCAACUUACACAGGUUCCCCCUUCUCUAACUUCCCACCUGGGGUGCAAGCUGAACUCCUUUCUGGUUUUUGUAACAACAGAAAUCGUAAGAACAAGUGAACACAAAAAAUUCUCCUGGAGGCAGACUUGGCUUAAAACAAACUGUCAUAUCUUUUUUUGUUUUGUUUUGUUUUGUUUUGUUUCUUGGUUUUUUUUGGUGGUGGUGGUAGUUUUUCUGGAAAGUUCCGGAUCCACAGUGGAGAGUGAGCCUGUCUCAUAUUUGGCAAAAAUAUUGGUGGAAGAAUCCACAUAGCGGAGGUUUCACGCUUUGGGGGUUUAACACAUGAGUCUGUUUUCUCCUAAAAAACCCAUCAUCCAGCGGAGGGAGUGCUCCCACAUUCUUUCUCCACCACUUCUCUUCCCCCAUUUCUUCCUUUCGUUGACGGUAGUGGAUGAUUUACCUGUGACUCACUACUUCAAAUGGAUGGCAGUGCACUUGGGGUUGUUUUUUUUUUUUUCUUUUCUUUUUUUUUUAAUACAUCCAGAGGAUUGCUAUAUUAAAUGUAUUUGGACUUCUAGAUUAAAAUCAAAGUUCAGUUUUUAAGGAACAAAAAAUUUAGUAAAUCUUGUUACGUUUUCAUUUUACCUGCCCUUUUAAACGGAGAACCAGAGCAGAAGGGAAAUGUAGAAUUUUCAGAAAUUAAUGUUCCUGUGGACGAAUUAAGCCCAUUAGAUGCUGAUGGGAUUUUUUUAAGGGAUGGUGCCUCAAAUACAUAUUUGAUUUAGUUUCCCCUGAGGGCUAGUGGGUGAAGGGAAGCUGGUUUUAUUUUGCUCUUACACCCCUCCCCCAGCCCCCCAGUCCCAUUGAGGCAAUUCAUUACUAGAAGGAAAAUCUUUCAGAAUUAGUGACACAUGGAGGGCUGUCUUGAGGAGCCCCCUGACCCCCUUCCCCCAGGCCACGGCCUAAUAAAAUAAACUGUCCAUUGUUCUCAACAGCAUAUGAUUUAAUAAUGAAUACUUUAGAACAAUGCUUAUGGGUCUAGAAUUGUAUUUGAUUAGCCCAUUCAGUCUGAUAGCCCCCAUGCCGAAUAGCACAGCAGGAUCCUAGCCACGCAAGUUGGAAAGUAAGUCCAAUCAUUUCUGUGAUACUUACCCUGAUACGAAACAGCUCAUCUCAGCCAAGCUCUUCAUGUAUCUUUGACCUAGUAGGUGAACAAAUCGAACCUCACAGGACUCGCAGUAUUUUUUAAGGGCAGACUCGCUCUCUGUCUUUUUUUUUUUUUUUUUGCCAGAGAAUGAGCAGUUCUAGCUAAGUCAGUUACACACUGUGGGUAUUCCUGCCUGCCUCUUGAAUACAAAGGCCUAGUUCAAGUGUUGCUUUUUGGUUUUUUUUUUAAUCCAUUUUUUUUUCUCCUUUCCUUUUGUGAGAAAACUAUUAAACAUACUACUAUCUGUAGAAAAUCUCAAAUCCCAUUUUUCGGCCUCCUCCUCUUUUACCAGGAAGUUUAUCUUCUGACUAAGGGCCCCACUCUUGCAGAUCUUGCACGCCCCUCCCUUCCCCAGAACUGCAGAGCUUCAGGAUGGCGAAGGUCACCCAAGGGCAUCAGGAGGUCACCUGCCCCCCUGUGUGUUCGGCGGCGGCGCUGUUUAGCUGUCCCUUUGCGUGGCUUUGCGGCCACCACUCACAGUGCCUCUGAAGUUUCCUCUGGAGUGACAUGAGCGUUGGAGGCUUGUCUAAGGGAAAAAAAAAUAAAAUGAAUAAAUAAAUAAAAGGCAGUGAAGGAGACUGUACAUAAAGACAUGGCAAGAAUCUUAAUUAUAGCAAUAUAGUUAUGGGGUAAUGUUCGGGUGGGCAGCUCCAUUAAAAAAAAAAAUAUGUGAAUGAAUCUGUGAAGCUGCAAAGUAGCAAGAAGAGCGAAAGAUCUUCUUAAUGAACCGCCUACCUUGUAGACAGUAAUUUGUACACUGUAUAGUUUUGUUAAGAAUUUUUUUUUAAAUUAAAAUUCCCAUGUUUGUAAAGCUAACUUUUUAACAAUUAUAAUGGAACUAUAUGUUGUUUCCAUUUUUAAAGUAAACAAGAAUAUUCCUUGUCUAGAGACUGGACUUGAGUUAAAACUCUCCAGCCUCUUAAGUUAUGUAUUAAAAAAAAAAAAUCUGUCCAUGUUAGGAGUUAUUUCACAGAUGCUUGUGCUUGAAAAGCAUAGGCUACUAAUCCUUUAAAAAAGUGUAAAUGGAGAAAAGUUAUAUUUUAUGAAGGUUAUUUUGUUGUAUUUAGUAUUGGGAAAGUUGGUUUUCAGAGCAUUUCAGAAUGUCCGAAGCACCGCUGUCUUUUUAUUAGUAUAUACGGCCUUUAGCAAAAGUUUUUGUGAUUGUUACGUGAUGGUAUUUAAGGUUAAGUUUCACAGAGCAUUCGGGAUAGGCAGAAAACGAAAUCAGUGCUAUGUCUCACAUAACGUGUCCUCAGGGAGCAGAGUAUUGGAUUUGGGACUGGUAGCUUCAUAAGGACUCAACAAAAGAGAUUGCACAGGGACAUCUUCAGUGGUGGGACACUAGGACAUGUGCUGUCCCUAGAUUCAAAAUCUAGGUACCGUGUGAAACGAUGAAGGCUGCAGAAAGUUAUCCCAUAUUCAGUGUACAGUAUUCAUUUUUAAUGAAACAACUCUACAAUAUUGCUGGCAGAUAGGCCCCGAGCAUGACAUUCAAUAUAGUUUACAUGUUCCUGUCAAGGUCUUUUGUUAACAUUAACCAGCUGCAUGCUUCCUGGACUUUAAAAAAUUGGGUUUCGAUAGAAAACUUUUUUUUUCUUUUUCUUUCUUUUUUCUUUCUUUCGUUCUUUUUUUUAAUGUGCAGGCUAUUCAAGUUCAAUAGUAAAAGCUCGAACUCGAAAUUGAAUGUUUUACUCCAUGCUGAAGGAGCUGAAAGCUGCCUUCUUCAUAUUUUGCACUUUCUGGUAGUUCCCCAGUUUUUUCGAAUUCCUUAAAAAUUGUGUGGGUGGGGUGGAGCACUGCAGUUGGGGGAUAGCAUGGACCACUGAUCUUUGCCCUUUGACCCUGCACAAUGACCUUUGCAUCAGCCAAACUCAUUGCCAUGACAACUCUUUGUACUGUGUCCGUGCCACAGAUCUGUUGGUUACAUUGUUAAUAGUAAAGGGGACAAGUUGGAGACGGUCAAUUUUUACAUUUUUUUUGUUGCAAUUUUUUCUUCAAUGGUUGUAAGUAGUUGUUUUUUUUUUUUUUAAUAAUAAAAGGGUUCACUAGUUAAUACUCUUUAGAAAUAUCUGUGUGUUGCAAUUCAAAUGUAUGUUGAGAUUGUGAAAAGAGCUUCAGUGCCACCAGCCUACCCAGAUGCUAGACUCAGCCUCUGAGAACAACUCUAGCAUGAUGGCAGUUACCAGUGACACAAGGCGACCUCCACACGCCAAGAGCAGAGUAAGCUAGU